AUGGCCUUGUUGCAAUUCGGCACUACCCUCGUCUUCGGUGUGCCUCCAUUAUGGAACAACGAGAAUCAACCUGAUGAGAGAGUACGGAAGAUGCAGGCUAUAACCGUCGGCAUCCUCGGCACCAUCCCCACUCUGACCCUCGCCUACCUAACCGCCCCCUUCGUCCACCAAGUAUUCCUCCAAAUUCCCCACACCGCCAACUACGCCCGCCGCUCCCGCCCGGACCUCCUUCGUUUCGCCAGGAGCCUCCGUCAAAACCCUGCCGCCACCGCGAACACAAAGCUGGAAUUUGUUACGCUGCGAAUCUUCCCUUUCCGCAAACACACAACCACCUUUCUGCACGAACUCCGCGCUCUGCCACCAAAAAAGCUACGUCUAGCAAACAUCGAGCUACCGAAGAGCGAAGCGUGGGUUAAACGGCAAAGAGAAAAGGGAAUUUUCAAGCGCAUGCUGGAAGUAAUGAGUGAGCCACGCUUCAAAUUCUACGUCAAAGAAGGACGGUUGUACACGAUGAAGACGGGUGUGCCGGGCGUAUGGGAAGAGGUGGCUAUGAGAAUCAAGGAGCAGACUAUCGAGGAAGUGGAGAGGGAGAGUGGAAAUGAUACUGGGAAGCGGAAUGUCAGGGCGAGGAAGGAGGUGCUGAAAAAACCAGUGGUCAGGACUGUCACGAGGCGUCAGGGUGAGAUCAAGGUCGCGAGGCAAGAUACGGGGGCGACGGUAAACAUAGGGAAUGAUCGUCUUUAG